UCCGGCAGUACAAGGAUCCCUGUCGAGAUGGAGGAAGAUGCGAACCGAGUUUGGCUGUCGCUGGGAAUGGAGGGUAGUGCGGGGACCGCAGUCUAGGAGUCCAGGACUGGAGUUCUCAGACGCGGCCGAGCCGCCGAGGUCUGAGAAGGUAAGCGACAACGGUGCUUGGGUGCUUUGAGGGAUCAGAGGUACCUAAGGACCGACUUGUCGAGGAGGCAGCGGACGUCUGCUCUGCGGGGCUACAUCGCCAUGGGAGGCCGCCCUGCAAUUUUGGCUACGAAAGGCAAGUCCGGCGAGGCUUUCUGGCAUAGGAGCAUGAGAAUCUGACAACUAGCGAAGCAUGGCGAGGAGCAUACCCAGGGACCCCGAACUGGCUAUGCAAGAGCCGGACAGAAGGUCUUCGGGCACAAUGGAGGACAAGCGGAACAUCCAGAUCAUCGAGUGGGAACACCUGGACAAGAAGAAGUUCUAUGUGUUUGGUGUGGCGAUGACGAUGAUGAUCCGCGUUAGCGUGUACCCGUUCACCCUCAUUCGCACCCGGCUGCAGGUUCAGAAGGGCAAGAGCCUCUACCAUGGGACAUUUGAUGCCUUUGUCAAGAUCUUGCGAGCAGAGGGAGUGGCUGGCCUCUACCGGGGCUUCCUGGUCAACACCUUCACGCUCAUCUCUGGCCAAUGCUAUGUCACCACUUAUGAGCUUACCCGGAAAUUUGUAGCCGACUACAGCCAGAGUAACACAGUGAAAUCGCUGGUAGCUGGCGGCUCGGCCUCCCUCGUGGCCCAGAGCAUCACAGUGCCCAUAGAUGUGGUCUCCCAGCACCUGAUGAUGCAGCGCAAGGGCGAGAAAAUGGGUCGCUUCCAAGUUCCUGGGAACCUAGAGGGACAAGGGCUCAUUGCUUUUGGCCAAACUAAGGACAUCAUCAGACAGAUCCUGCGGGCUGAUGGGCUUCGAGGCUUCUACCGAGGCUAUGUGGCCUCACUGCUAACAUACAUCCCAAACAGUGCUGUGUGGUGGCCCUUUUAUCACUUCUAUGCAGAGCAGCUGUCGCGCCUGUGUCCUCAGGAGUGCCCUCACAUUGUCUUCCAAGCCGUCUCUGGGCCCUUGGCUGCAGCCACUGCCUCCGUCCUCACCAACCCUAUGGAUGUCAUCCGAACCCGUGUGCAGGUUGAAGGCAAGAGCUCCAUCAUCCUGACCUUCAGACAGCUGAUGGCAGAAGAGGGGCCUUGGGGCCUCAUGAAGGGCCUCUCUGCCCGAAUCAUCUCGGCUACACCCUCUACUAUCGUCAUCGUGGUGGGCUACGAGAGCCUCAAGAAACUCAGCCUCCGACCUGAGCUGGUGGACUCAAGACACUGGUAGCCAGUGGUGCACAGAAAGGCUGUGGUUUUACACAUUCUUCUGGGCCAGGGAGGGUAGAGCAGGGAGGAGAGUACCCUUGUCAAUGCCACCACGACACACCCAUCCUGCUUCUGGCCCGCUGACCUAUCUGGGAAGACAAGAAACUUUGGACGGCUCUUGCUGAGGAGGUUCUGUGCUGACUUCCCUGUUUCCAGAUCUGGGCCCCUCACUAGGUCCUGGUACUCAGUCACGGCCUGAAGAUCAACCUCCACAGGACCCUGCCGGCCCCUCGCUGAUGCCCCUCUGUGUCCGCCCUCAGGCCUGAAGAAGAGCUGCUAUAGAGUUUGCUUGUCCCCUGCUUUUCCAUCGUGAGACUUUAGGUCCUGACAGCUUCGGGCCACUGUCAGGAGCCCUCCUUGGAGAAGUGGAAAACUGUGACGGCGAUCCCAGCUCUUUAUCCCUUUAUUUCUUAUGCCUGCUUAAAUUUGGGACUGAGUUGUCCACCGGACUACUCUGCUUUGCCCUGCCUUUGGGGACAAAUGGGAACAGGGCACUCUGCAGGGCGUUCGUCUUCUCUGGGAGCUACUAAGACGGAGAAACACCAGGCUUCAUUUGGUUCGCAUAGUUGAGCAUCUGUGAAGCAGGCAGGCAAUGAGUCCUGACAGCGUCGGGCCACCGUCAGGAGCCCUCCUCAGAGAAGUGGAAAACUGUGACGUCGAUCCCAGCUCUUUAUUCUUUCCCUUUCCUUUUAGCCUGGGACCCUGAAGACAAGAAUGAGCUGUUGGCCUCCCCUGGGACUCAGUGGAGGGUGCAAUCCUAAGUGAAUCAAACUUACACUGGAACAUUUCCCUGAAGCCAGGCUGAGAAAGCCACUGGCUUGGAAAGUAAUGAGAGGUGUGUGUUCCUCACUGCUCUCUCCUCAGGCCAGCUGAGCUGAGCCCCGGAGGCAGCAGUGGAGGCGCUGAGCCCCAGGCAGCAAUGCCACUUACAUACCUGUCCCCCAGAUGAACAACAGGUGUCUCCCAGCGGUACUCUGGAAUAUGAACUGCCCUUGUUUUCCUUGUCCUUGGUUGUGAAGUGUCAUCCUAGUCGCGGCGCCCUGCGGUGGCAGUCAGGAAGACACCCAAGGCCAGGCCCACUUCAGUGACCAGCCUCAUACUGCCAAAAUUUGUUGAUGCUCCCACAGGGGCUUCUUCCCAGCCUCCACCAAGCCUAUCCAGAGAGGCAUGGCCCGUGGAGUGGGAAGAAGGCAGUCAAACUGCCUACUUAAGAUGAUGGCCUGGGCGAUGCUUUCAACCUUUUUUAGUGGUCCCAUGCCUUGGGAAACGCCAUGGUGCCAAUCUGGAAGGUGCUAGCUAACUGAAGCCUUCUUGUUUCUCACGGCUGCUCCAUAUUCUUCCAUCCUGAGUAGGAGCCAUCUCUGUACUGACCUCUGUAGUCUAUUCUUGUUUCCUUUUGAACUUACUUUUAUUGGUCUCAGCUUAUCAGUUGUUUUGAGACGGAGCCUCAGACACAUCCUAGGCUGAGUUUGAUUCACUACGUAGCAGAGGAUGACCUUGAACUCUUGAUUCCCCCACCCCCACCCCCCCCGAGUUCUGGGUUUACUGUGUGCUGCUAGGCUUCACUUCCUGCACUUUAUUGCUAGAGCCCCCCAAUUUUGUCCAUAGUCAUCUGAAGGGCGGAGCCCACAGAUCAUUUUAAAUCUUUUUACUCCUCACAUCCACCCAAGUACUGUCAAUACAAUGGAAGCAAGAACCCCCACACAAGCUUUUCCCAGCGUGACCUCUCGAGUCAGUCUCUCAUCUUUCUUUGAGCCUUCCUUACUGGGGCAGAGUGCGGACACCACGAGAGGGUCCUGCUUCUCACGCCCUUAGGUUAUUUCUUCCUCCUAACUUCAUUAUUUUUUCUUUCUUUUUUUUUUUUUUUUUUGACAGGGUUUCUGACUUCAUUUUCUUGUGCAGUGUGUAGUCCCCCCCGCCCCUGUGGCUUCUCCUCCCUUUCCUUAGGCACCCUGUCCUGACCCCUACUUUCUUUUUUUUUUUUUUUUUUUUUUUUUUUGGUUUUUCGAGACAGGGUUUCUCUGUGGUUUUGGAGCCUGUCCUGGAACUAGCUCUUGUAGACCAGGCUGGUCUCGAACUCACAGAGAUCUGCCUGCCUCUGCCUCCCAAGACCCCUACUUUCUUACCCCGAAGUCAGGGACUAGAAUAGGCCAGUGGGCGCCCGUUUUUCCAAAACUGGAGAGCAAGACAGCUAGAAAUUUCAACCUGUUGGUCCAUAACCUAUUUUAGAAACUCGAAAAGACUAGAAAACAUGGGGAAGAAAAUGCACUUAAGCGUUUGAUAAAAAUGGACUAUUGAGGAUAUUAGCUGCGAAUAUUCACUGUUGCACUGUAUGAAAUCUUUGAAAUGUAAUUAAAAGUUUUUACUG